ACGGGAAACAGUACCCCUAAUCGUGCUAAAGCUUGUAAUGAGGCAACUCAAGAAUGGAAUAAAAUCAAAACCAAAAAUGCACUAGAAAUCGAUGAUAUAAUUAAAAAAUAUCUGAACACUUCGUUUAAUCUAUAUAAUAUACAAACCGUAAGAUAUAUACCCGAAGAGACCUUAGAACCCUCCCUCCCUACUAUCUAUCCAGUAGAACCU